UGUAGAGCUACCAGUCAGUCAGGGUAAUAGCAGUGGUGCAGGGAGGAGACCAGCGGAGCCGGAGAAUAGCUCCUCUAUGUACGCCCUUCAGUCUGCUUGCCAGUGAAUCACAUUUUCCACCUACAACCCAUUUGUUUCUGCCUGGGCCCCUCCGAAGGAACACAGAACUUUUCUUACCCCGAUCCUGGGCUGCAGACUUCUCCGUCCGCUGAAAUACGCAGCAGAUCGAAACUUGGGAAACUUUUCUCCACACUUUGAGGAUUUUCUGCCGAAGUUUGGCGUGGGGGGACCAUGAACGGAUAUCGGAAGAAUGGAUUAUUCAUUUCACUGUCACAUCUAAUCAAUCAGCCCACAUGAGGGGGUUAAAGUCAGGUUUCUGACCCACUCUUUGGUUGUUAUUGAUCCGUCGUUAAUGAUCGGGGAGUGAGUAUCGAUCAUGGAUCUUCAGGUGGUUGUCUGGUUCUUCUACUGUCUUCUGCUGCCCACCGCGCUGUUAACAGCAUCUCUUCUCCGCUACAACGUCUUGUCGCUGGUUUACUUCCUCUACCUGCUUCUUCUCCCAUGGUUCCUGUGUCCCAACAAACACACCAUCAAAGGUCACACAGGCCGGUUUAUCAGGGUGGUGUUCUGUACCAGUCUACUAUUUGUGCUGGCUCAUAUCUGCUUCCAGACAGUUCUAUACACCUAUCCUCCUCUCGACAUCGCCAUAGGGGACAACUGUUCACAAUGGGACACCAUAACCAGACAUAUAGGCCUGUCCAGACUUCCUUUAGAAGAUCCUUGGAACGUGUUACGUCUUCUGUGUCCUGACCUGGGCGUGUGUGUGGUUACCAUGGUUACAAUAAUCCUCUGCAGCAGAUUGGUUAGGAACAGAGAAAUGGUAGCUGCUGCCAACAUCACAACGCUAGAAGAUGAUACAACAGAAAACACUACAGAUGAUGAGGAGGAUCAUGAAGAGGAGGAGGCAUCAGAGGAUGAAGAUGAGGAGGAGAGGUCAUUACCUGGGGACCUGGAUGAGGAAGUUUCCACCGCCACCAAAGCGAAGCAGCUGGCUGAGCGUCUGAAGGCCACGGCGCUGAAAGUUCUGCGGGACCUGGGGAGGAUCCUGGCCAUCAGCCUGUUGGCGUUGGCUGGGAUCACGCUGCCCUCUGCCUUCUCAGCCAUCUACUUCCUGCUUUUCAUCGGGGUGUGCACAUGGUGGGCAUGCCACCUUCCCAUCAGUCACCUGGGUUUCAAUGCACUUUGUGUGAUGGUGGGCUUCUUCACAUCAGGGCACAUGCUUUGUUUGUACUUGUACCAGAGUCUGCUGGCCCAGGCCCUGUUCCCCCCACAGACCCUGUGGGCCAGACUGUUUGGUCUGAAGGACAUCAUCAUACCAGGAAACUGUUCUGCACCCUAUGACCUCAACCUUAACACUGAUCAUGAUUGGCCGGUUUAUGUCAACCCAGGAAUACUGUUCCUCCUCUACAUUACCAUAGCAACCGUUCUUAAAACAGGAUGCCAUGGACCGCCAAACCAGCAGACUGAGGAGAAGCAAGAGGAGGAGAAAAGUGGUGUCUUAAAGGAGGAGGAUGUGCAGAUCACGCUGCUGUCUCUGGGACCAGAGAGGGGGGGAGAAACAUCAGCUGCAGAGGAGAGCCAGCAAGACCUGGGUGAUGGUGCUCCCACUAAUGGCCAGCAGAGUGAAAGUCCAUUAUUCCUGCUGGGAAAGGUGGUCAUGCAGCAGAGCUACGUCUGUGCUCUGAUAGCCAUGAUGGUGUGGAGUAUUACCUAUCACAGCUGGCUGACGUUUGUGCUGUUGCUAUGGGCCUGUCUCAUCUGGAUUCUACGUGCCAGACGGCAUGCGGCCACGCUGUGCUCCCCGUUUAUCCUGCUCUACGGCCUGGCUCUGUGCUGCCUGCAGUACGUCUGGGGUAUGGAGCUUCAGCCUGAACUGCCCACCACUGUGGGAACCAUGAGUCUCAGUCAGCUGGGACUGGACCGACCCCAGUACCCUUGUCUGAGACUAGGAGCCAUGCUUCUGUUCACAUUAACAUUCUGGCUGCUGGUUCGUCAGUCAGUGAAGGAAAACUUUAGAAUAAAGAGAAAAAUGGCAAUACCACUACAGGAAGUCACUACAGGAGAAGAGAGAGCUGGCAAUGAGUCGAUGCUGAAGGUUGUCGGAGGCAUGGUGAUGAGCUCUUAUGCCAAAUACUGGAUCUACGUGUGCGGAGGGAUGUUCAUCAUGGUUUCCUUCGCUGGCAAACUUGUUGGAUACAAGAUCAUCUAUAUGCUGCUGUUCCUUCUCUGCCUCUGUCUAUAUCAGGUGUAUUAUUCUUUGUGGAGGCGUCUGUUGAAGAUAUUUUGGUGGCUAGUUGUGGCAUAUACUAUGCUGGUGCUGAUUUCCAUCUACACUUAUCAAUUUGAAGACUUCCCCGGAUACUGGAGAAACUUCACCGGCUUUACGGAAGAACAGCUGGCAGCCAUUGGUCUGGAGACGUUUGCUCUGUCCGAGCUCUUCACCAGUAUCCUCAUCCCCGGCUUCUUCCUGCUUGCCUGCAUUCUGCAGCUUCACUACUUCCACAAACCCUUCAUGCGGAUCACUGACCUGGAUCAUGUUACACCUAUACACAACAGGAAGAAGAACAUUCAGAGAGCAGCGCAGCAUUGCGCUGAUAAUGACGGGGUUAACCUUGAAGAAGAAAACCUGGUGAGUGGUAAUGAUGGGGUUAACCUUGAUGAAGAAGACCUGGUGACUGGUAAUGAUGGGGUUAACCUUAAAGAAGAAGACCUGGUGACUAACAUUGAUGAGGAAUCUGAAGAGGAAGUGGAUUUGAUCCCCAGUAAGUGGGGUCUGGUGAUGGAUAGGCUUCUGGUUCUAUCCAGAAAGUUCUCAGAUAUCCUCACCAAAGUUCAAGUGUUUCUCUGGAGGCUUCUGGAGCUCCACAUCCUCAAGAUGGUGGCCUUCUUCUCUGUUUGGGUUGCAGUUGAAGAGCCGUCUGUAAUGAACCUGGUCCUGGUCGUGUUGUGGUCUUUGGCAAUGCCUUACAGUCGAUUCAGGCCGAUGGCCUCUUGUCUGUCUACAGUCUGGGUUUGUGUCAUCAUCGUGUGUAAGAUGCUGUACCAGCUCAGCGUUGUGAACCCUGUCGAGUACUCCAGUAACUGUAGUCUGCCGUUAACCAAUGAAACCAACCUGCUACCAGGGGAGAUGCUGCGCUCCUCUCUGUAUAAAGAGCCGAUCGAUCCAGCCAGAUGGUUUGGAAUCAGGAAAGAUGCCACUGUACUCGGAUACAGCAAGAACCAUUUGAUUGUUCUGAUGUUGCUGGUUUUUGAGGCGACAGUGUAUCGCCACCAGGCUCACCACUACCGCCAGCUCCAACGAUCUCCCCCCAACAUCCCUACUCUGUUCCCCAAAGCCACCAGGGACACUCUCAACAAGGGCAUCAUUCCCUGCUUCAAGUACCUGCUCAACUACACCUUCUACAAAUUUGGAUUAGAGAUUUGCUUUCUGAUGACGGUGAACGUGAUUGGGCAGAGGAUGAACUUCCUGGUGAUAAUCCACGGCUGCUGGUUGGUCGCCAUCUUGGUUAGGAGGCGACGGGCUGCUAUUGCAAGGAUCUGGCCCAGAUAUUGUCUCUUCCUGUCCAUCUUUAUGAUCUUCCAGUAUUUGCUGUGUGUUGGCAUCCCACCUGCUCUCUGUAUAGACUAUCCCUGGCGGUGGAACACGCCUGUGUUGAUGAACUCUGCUCUUAUUAAAUGGAUUUAUCUGCCCGACUUCUACACUGUGCCAAACUCCAAAAACCUCAUAGCGGACUUUGUGCUGCUGAUGUGUGCGUCUCAGCAGUGGAAGGUGUUUGAGUUUGAGCACACAGAGGAGUGGAUGGUUUUAGCGGGAGAAAACACCGAUGACCCCGAUCCGAUGGAGGGUCGGCUCUUUAACCCUGCACCCAACUUCAUCAACUGCAGGAGUUACCUGGACAUGGCCAAAGUUAUGGUGUUUCGGCACCUUUUCUGGCUGGUGUUAUCUGUGGUCUUUGUCACUGGAGCCACCAGGAUCUCAGUGUUUGGACUUGGCUAUCUUCUUGCCUGCUUCUUUUUCCUGCUGUUUGGGACCCAGCUGUUUGUCAAACCGUCCAGAACCCGCCUGGCUCUAUGGGACUGUCUCAUCAUCUACAACGUGGCAGUCAUUAUUUCUAAAAAUAUGUUAUCUAUCCUUGCGUGUGUGUUUGUGUUUGAGAUGCAGAAAGGCUUCUGUUGGGUUAUUCAGCUCUUCAGCCUGGUUUGUACUGUCAAAGGCUAUUAUGACCCAAAAGCAGUAAGUGAUAAGACCUGCAGCCUCCCAGUAGAAGAAGCUGGUAUUAUCUGGGACAGCAUCUGUUUCCUCUGCCUGUUGCUUCAGAGGAGGGUCUUCCUCAGUUUCUACUUCCUGCACGUGGUGGCAGAGAUGCAGGCUUCUGCCAAACAGGCUUCAAGGGGCUUUGAGCUUUUCAAAGCUAGCAUCGUGAAGAACAUUAGGUUCCACCAACAAGCUGAGAGAAAAUCCUUGUCACAGCUCAAGAGAUCGAUGCAGAGAAUCCGCUCAAAGCAGCAGAAGUACAGAGAAGGACACAAAACAAGUGAAGAGCCUGAAAACGAUCCGGCUGUUGAGACCAAAACAGAGAAAAAGAAGUCCAGAAAGAAGAAGUGGCAUCAGCCAUGGCUGGACCACGCUGCAGUGCUCCACUCAGGAGAGUACUACCUGUUUGAAUCCGACAGUGAAGAUGAAGAUGAGCUACAGUCUGAGGACCAGAAACCUCAGAAACAAACUGCCUGUCAGCUGGCAUACCAAGCAUGGGUGACCAGUGUGAAAUCGGCUCUGCGAGAACGCCAGAAGCGGCAGAGACAGUUGAGAAGGCUUGAGAAAAACGCAGAAGAAGACAGAGAUGGAGGAGUGGCUUCACAACAGGAGGCAUCCUCUGUCAUGGGGAGUGGAGAUGACGUGUUUGAGGAUCUUGCCAUUCAGGAGGAAGAGGAGCCAGAGGAUCAGGAGUCUGGUCAUGGCGAGAUGGUGCAGAGGAUCCUGGAUAUCCUGCGCUUUAUAUGGGCCAUUAUUUUAGCCAUGGUGGACGGACUGACUCAGUGGCUCAAUCUGUUGACAAAGCAGUACAGAGAUAUUUCUACUGUUCUGUGCAAUGAACGCUACCUCAUCAUACACAAGAUAGAGCAGACUCCUACAGCAUCAUACCCCACUGAUGACCAGGAAUCUCAGGGAAGUGAGAAUCUAACACUGGAGACCUGUUUAGACGACGCUGAUGCAGAAAACUACACUAAAUACAGCUGCACAGGGUUGGAUAGCAUGGCUUCAACUGGCCAGUCUUCCUCCAGGCUCGACAGCACAGGACACCUCUUGAGUCCAGAACUCCUAUCCAGCACAGAGCUGUUACCACUGCCGUCCAAACCGCACAGGCACUCCAGAACUGCCAGCGAACUGCUGGGAGACAGGGAGUUUUACAUUGAGGAGCUGGAGCAGAGCAGACAGUUCUACAGAAGCCAGAACCGUCUGUUAAAGCUGUUGUUUUCCAUGUACAACCUGCUUGAGGCUAACUCAGAGCUAGUCUGCUAUUUUAUCAUUGUGUUAAACAAUGGAGUCAGUGCCUCUGUGAUAUCACUGGUUCUGCCCAUACUGGUGUUCCUGUGGGCCAUGUUGGCUGUUCCAAGACCUACCAAGAGGUUCUGGAUGACUGCGAUCGUGUACACAGAGGUGAUGGUGGUUGUGAAAUACCUGUUCCAGUUUGGGUUCUUUCCCUGGAACAGCGUGUAUGAGAUGACCCUAAACGAGGACAAGCCUUUCUUUCCGCCUCGUAUCCUCGGCCUGGAGAAAACGGACAACUACAUCAAAUAUGAUCUUCUUCAGCUGUUGGCUUUGUUCUUCCACAGAUCCUUACUCAUGCGUUAUGGCCUGUGGGACCAUGAGGGCCCCAUAGCGGAGCAAAAUUUGCCACAAGAGAAAUGUAAUGAUGAAGAAAAACACAAACAGGUGGAUGAAAUAAGGGAGGAAGGAGAAGAAGAGAAGGAAAGCAGCAGAGGAAGCUCAACAAUCAUACAAGAUAACCAGGAGAGCCCUAAACCUGAUCAACAAGAAAAGGAUAUUGCAGACUUUGCUGAAUCAAGGACCAGCCCUCCUGAAGCUACCCCACAACCUGCUGAGGUUGAAUCAGCAUCCUCUCAGCCAAAAGAUGAAAGCAAUGAGCAGAUUUUUGAGGAAGAACCCAAGAAAUCCAGAAGUAUUCGUUUACGCAGUAAAAAGAAACAGCCUAAAGAACAACAGAGCACAGUGGAGCCAACAGCUACGAAGGAUGCUCCCAGUGAAGAAUCCACAAAGAAAAAGCACAAGAGCAAGAAGAGAGAGGCAGCCAGUCAGAGACUGAUGGCUAUGGGACAAAAGAUAAAACAUGUAGCUGUCUCUGGUAUUCAGAGUGUGUACAAGCCAGCCCAGUGUUUCUUCAGAGGUAUUCUCCAGCCUGAAUAUCGAGCUGCCACUGAUGUCUACGCUCUCAUGUUUCUGACUGACGUCAUAGACUUCAUUAUCAUCGUCUUUGGCUUCUGGGCUUUUGGGAAACACAGUGCAGCUGCUGAUAUAGCCUCCACCCUGUCAGAGGACCAGGUUCCAGAGGCUUUCCUGGUGAUGCUGCUGAUCCAGUUCAGCACGAUGAUCAUUGACAGAGCUUUGUAUCUGCGCAAGGCUGUCUUGGGAAAACUCAUCUUCCAGGUGACACUCGUGUUUGGGAUUCACCUCUGGAUGUUUUUCAUCCUGCCUGCUGUCACUGAAAGGAUGUUCAAUCAGAACUUUGUGGCCCAGCUCUGGUAUUUUGUCAAGUGUAUUUACUUUGGCCUGUCAGCCUAUCAGAUCCGCUGUGGAUACCCGACUCGUAUACUUGGCAACUUCCUCACAAAGAAAUACAACCAUCUCAACCUGUUUCUCUUCCAAGGGUUUCGUCUGGUGCCGUUCCUGGUAGAGCUGAGAGCGGUGAUGGACUGGGUUUGGACUGACACCACUCUCUCCCUGUCAAACUGGAUGUGUGUGGAGGACAUUUACGCCAACAUCUUUAUUAUUAAAUGCAGCCGUGAGACAGAAAAGAAAUACCCGCAGCCUAAAGGGCAAAAGAAGAAGAAGAUAGUGAAAUAUGGCAUGGGCGGACUCAUCAUCUUCUUCUUGAUCUGCAUAAUAUGGUUUCCCCUUCUCUUCAUUUCACUGGUCAGAUCAGUGGUGGGCGUGGUCAACCACCCCAUCGACGUCACGGUGACUGUAAAACUGGGAGGAUAUGAGCCUCUGUUCACAAUGAGUGUGCAGCAGCAGUCAAUCCAGCCGUUCACACAGGCCGAAUACGACCACCUUACCAAAGAGUUUGGAGACAAUGCGGUAGCCAUGCAGUUCAUCACUCUUUACAGCUAUGAGGACAUUGUGACCGCCAUGAUUGAAGGUAGUUCUGGAUCCGUUUGGAGGAUAAGCCCCCCCAGCAGACACGAACUUAUCAAAGAACUACUUGAAAGUCCUGUUGACCUCACGCUACGUCUGGCCUGGAAUUUUCAGAGGGACCUGGGUAAAGGAGGGACGGUGGAACACACUUUUGACAAACACUCUAUAGACCUGGAACCUGGGAACCCGGUCAGAGCAGACCUGGCCUCACUACUCGUGGGCAAUCGAUCCGAGCCUGUGCAUGUUCCUAAUAUGUUUCCCAACUAUAUCCGAGCCCCGAACGGAGCAGAGGCCAAACCGGUGAAUCAGCUGCAUAAAGAUGAUGAAGAUGGUUUCCUGAAUAUAACCCUGUCCCUGAUGAGUGACAGGUCACUGAACAACAGCGGGAACCAGGAGUGGUGGGACAUCGCCAUCGCAGACUGUGUCCCCUGCUUGGGUGGGGUUCUACCCAUGAUUAUAUUCAACGACAAAGUCAGUCCACCCAGCCUGGGCUUUUUAGCAGGAUACGGGAUCAUGGGCCUGUACGUGUCUGUGGUCUUAGUAAUUGGAAAAUUUGUACGUGGCUUCUUCAGCGAGAUCUCCCACUCCAUUAUGUUUGAAGAAUUACCCUGUGUGGAUCGCAUCCUGAAGCUCUGCACAGACAUCUUCCUGGUGCGAGAGACAGGUGAACUGGAGCUGGAAGAGGAACUUUACUCCAAAUUGAUCUUCCUCUAUAGAUCUCCAGAAACUAUGAUAAAAUGGACAAGAGACAUAAACAGCCACAACCAAGACAGAUACUGACAUCUGAGGAGAUUGUAUUUAAUUGACUGAUGAAGCACACUGCAAAGACAAACAGGUGAAAGCACAAGGAGAACUUUUUUUACAACUAUGAGCAGAACAGACUCAAAACCAGGGAAACACUUCAUCGAUGACGUAUGAAUCAUUUCCUGUUUCUGGACACCUUCUGCUGGACUGCUGCAUGUUCACAGCCUCCUGAGCAAGCACCUUACACUAAAGACUAUGGAGGGUGGAUUUCUCCCUGGCCAGCCUAUGGCCACAUCCUGCAAAGCUGACUGAACAUCCAUGGAGGCCAAAAUCAGCAGUAAAGGUGAUAUGGAGCUGUAGGGCCAGGGCCCAAUACUAGAGGCCUCUCAUGUAUGCUGUGGCUGAAACCUUAAACUUACUCUGAUUGAACUACGGUUAAAGUAUACUGAUAGAUUUCAGUACUGUCAGUUAAACACAGAAAUGCUUUCAGUAUAGAGAACACAUGAAAACAUGUAUGGAUCUGACACACUCAGAAAUGUCUUCCUAAACCACAACACUUUUGUUUAAAUGCUGGAUCUGUGUCUAUAAUGAAUGUGCACACUUUAAUAGAAGUGAAAGCAUCUCUGUGCAUUGGGAAGCCUGAUCCUAGGCUGUCUAACAAAUAUACACUGGCUGCAAAGUGAACAUUGACUGAAUAAUUCAUGACUUGGCUGAUGUGCUGGACUUUUAAAUGAUACUGUUCUAGAUUUCCCAUGAGUCCCUGCCCUCUGUGAAUGAAUUUAUUUUCUUUUUUCUUGUUAAGGCCUGUUGUUACUUCUCAACGGGAUGACAUGAUAUGAAGAAAUACAAAAUGUUCAACUG